AGACAUAGUAAGUUGUGUAGCAUGGCACACAACAGAUGAGGUGCUAUCUUGCAGUGAUGACCAUGAAGUUCUCAUCUGGAACAUGGUGAGCAAUGAAACCACCAAAUUGCUUACACUUUCCAAUGAACUCUUCCCCACAGACAUGCAUAUUUUCCCCAGGACUUCAACUCCAGGUGGUAUUAAGAAGCAGAUUGGUGGUGACAUGUUCGUGAUUACAACCACUGAUGGAAAAUUUCAUUUGAUCAAUCGCACUGGUCGCAUAGAAAAAAGUGUGGAAGCACAUAGAGGAGCAGUCCUUGCUGGUCGUUGGAGCUAUGAUGGCACUGCUUUUGUUACAGCUGGGGAAGAUGGUCAAAUCAAGAUAUGGUCACGAAGUGGAAUGUUGAGAUCAACUUUAGCAUCUAAUAGCUUUCCUAUCUAUUCCGUUGCUUGGGGACCAAAUUCAGAUCAAGUAUUGCAUACUUUAAGUCGCCAACUUGUUAUCAAGCCACUCCAGCCUAAUUCAAAACCACUUCAGUGGAAAGCUCAUGAUGGUUUAAUUUUAAAAGUUUCUUGGAAUCCAAGCAAUAGUCUUAUUGUUUCUGGAGGUGAAGAUUGUAAAUACAAAGUUUGGGACUCUUAUGGUAGAAUUUUAUACAGCAGUCAUUCUAAUGAUUAUCCAAUAACAUCUGUAUCUUGGUCACCUAAUGGAGAAAUGUUUUGUGUUGGCUCCUUCAACUCCUUGCGCCUAUGUGAUAGAACAGGGUGGUCUCAUAGCUUGGAUAAACCAGAGACUCAAAGUAUAUUUUGCUUAGAAUGGUCAUCAGAUGGAACUCAAGUUGCUGGUGGCUGUGGCAAUGGACAUGUCAUUUUUGCUCAUGUUGUGGAAAGGAGACUGGAAUGGAAGCAUUUUGAAGCUACUGUGAGAGGAAGGAAAACCAUAACUGUGCAGAAUGUGAGCAAUGACUUGUUGGAAAACUUAGACUUCAGGGAUAAUAUCAUCAAAGUGUCCUUUGAUUACAAUCAUCUCAUUGUAGUAACUUCAACACAGUGUUAUAUCUACAGCACCAAAAAUUGGAACACUCCACUGAUAUUUGAUUUAAAGGAGGCAAACGUUUCUUUAGUUGUUCAGGCUGAAAAGCACUUUCUGUUUGUUGAUGGCCAAGGGUUGUACAUUUAUACAUAUGAAGGUAGACAAGUGAGUGCUCCCAAAUGGCCUGGGAUGAGAACCGAUUACCUCAAUGAAUCAACUGUUACUCUUAGCAAUGACACUAUUGCUGUAAGGAAUAAAGGAGAUGAAAAAGUUAUCCACAUUUUUGAUGCAGUAACAGGCAAGUAUAUACCAGAUGGAAAACCAUUUUCUCAUAAGAUGGAAAUUUUGGAGAUUGCUCUUGAUCAGUGUGGUGUUGCAAACAGCCGUCGCCUUGCUUUUGUUGAUAAGAAUAAAGAUUUGUAUCUACUUAAUGUUCGGACACUGCCUAGUGCUUCCAAAAAAAUGAUGAAACUUGGAGUAAUGAUGCACUCUAUAAAGUGGAAUGACAAUUCUAAUAUGUUGGCUGCUCUGCAAGAUGGCAAGUUAAUAAUAUUCUAUUAUCCUGCAAUAGUGUUUGUGGAUAAGAAUCUACUAUCUCUAACAAUGGUACAUAAAGAUGAUAGUGACUUUGGGAAAAAUCCUGAAAUCCUCAGCUUCAUUGGAAAUCAUAUCAGCAUCCGAAGGGCAGAUGGUUCUCUAGUAUCAUCUUCAGUAUCACCCUAUCCCUCUGUACUACAUGGUUAUAUUUCUUCUCAUCGCUGGGACGAUGCUGUUAGGCUUUGCAGAUACAUCAAAGAUGAUGCAUUAUGGGCAUGUUUAGCUGGAAUGUCCAUACUCUCGAAAGAUUUAAAAACAGCAGAAAUAGCAUAUGCCGCAAUUAAAGAGUCAGACAAGGUAGAGUGCAUCCAAUACAUCAAAAAGCUUCCCUUGAAAGACCUGCAGGCAUCAGAAAUGGCCCUUCUCUGUGGAAAUGUGAGAGAAGCUGAGAGUGUUUUGCUGACUGGAGGCCUCGUCUUCCGAGCAAUCAUGCUGAAUCUCCGAUUGUAUAAGUGGGACAGAGCUUUAGAACUUGCAGUAAAGAAUGGAAAUCACACUGAUACAGUAUUGGCUUUCAGACAAAAAUACUUAGAAACAUUAGAUGUCAUAGAAGAUAAGCAGAACUUCUUGCAAUCAAUGAAAGAUGUUGAGAUUAAUUGGGAUGUUGUAAAUUCUAAAGUUGAAGAAGAAUAUCAAAAAGAGAAAAGUAUGACGCCAUCUACUCCUUCUCGAAGACGAUCUUCUCUAAUGCUGUGAUUAAGAUUCGGUGCUAUGUUGUGGUCUCUUUCAUCAGCAGAUUUAAAUAUGAUCUGUAUUUAAUUUAAAGUAUUUUUAAUAAUCUAAAAAUAAAGUCAUCAUAAAGCA